AUGUCAUCAAGGGCGGAGAAACAGGCUCUGGCGAAUCUGGGCCCAGAAAGCCUCACUUGUCCUGAAUGUAAGAGCAUCUUCAAGGAACCGACGCUUCUACCGUGCCUUCAUUCCGUCUGCCGUCAUUGCCUGUCGCACAUUUAUGCCCAACACAGCUCUGUGGGCGUCAUCCAGUGCCCACAGUGCGAGGAAACCAUCGAUAAACCUGAAAACGGCGUCGACGGUUUCCCGCCAAAUUAUUUCCUAAAUGGCCUCGUUUCGGUCUACUUGGCGAAAACAGCCAAGGAUAUCCGAUGUCGAAUCUGCGAGCUUCAGGACCGGGACACUUUCGCGACAUUGAAAUGUCUGAAUUGCGGCGACUUCCUUUGCGAGGAUUGUGGGAAAGCUCAUACGUUAACGCGCAUGACGAUAAAACACGAGAUUCAGUCUCUUUCUGAACUCUCUGAUGGAAAACGAGAUCAGGAGAUUCGUUACAAGCAGCUUAUUAUGUGCGCUAUUCACGAUGGCGAAACUGUGAAGUAUUAUUGUGAAAACUGCAACGUCCCCAUAUGCAGAGAGUGUCAGUUGGAACUACACGUUGGCCACACAUGCGCAAAUGCAAAGGAUUCGCAACUUUCUAGGCGUAAAGCGGUUGCAAACAUGUUAGUGAAUGUCCAACAGAAGAUUGAAGCCUUGAGAAAAAUUGCUGAACAUGUUGACUCUACUGUUUUAGAUAUCGAUAAACGAGAAAAAGAUCUUAUCGAGGGCGUUGAAAAAACAGUGAAGAAGCUCGUGGAUCAAAUAGAAAGAGAGAAGGCCGAUAUAUUAAAAUCUUUAAAAAGGACGAUGGACGAACAACGUGAUGCCUGUGCGACUAGAAAGCAGCAGAUUAACACCAUAUCCGAUAUUAUGGAAGGCAAUAUAUCGUUCUGUAACGAUAUUGUAAAGAAUGGGAAAGAUGUUGAAGUCUUGUUUCUUGAAAAGUCACUGAGACGUCGGCUAAUGGAUCUUCAAGCGAAGAACAUUACCAGCCUAACCGUUAAGUGGCAUCCGCCGGAUAUAAGGUUCAGGAACGUGUUUCUCACGGUGGACCGUAUCGGACUGUUUGAUUUGACACUUGCUCGAGAAUUCAACCGGCGACCGGAACCACCACUGAAAUUCGGCGCCCGUCACGUGGCCGGAUUUAAGCUGGUUCGGCGUAUCAACGCCACCAUUCCGCGAGAGGACAACUCGGAGUGCCGGGCAACUGGUCUCGCCUCGCUCUUCGGCGAUCAUUUCGUUGUCGGCGACCAGGAAAACCGGAAAGUAAAAAUAUUCACGCGACUUGGCCAUUAUGUUGAGACUAUCGCGAACGUAAAACCAUGUGGGGUCGCUGUCUGUAAUGACGUCAUAGGAGUUACGGACCAAAUGUCUCUUAACUUGUUUACCAACGAUAAAACAAUCAAGAAAAAGAUCUCUCUAGAAAGCACGGGGUCAGCAUAUCCCGUUACCGCGGUAACCGACAGGUAUUUCGUCGUCGUUAACAACAAGACCACCACAUUCCAGGUUUACGACCUGCGCGGAGAGCUUUGCAACGAUAUAGUCCCUUCGCGAGGGUCAAAGAUACGCAACCCGGUAUUUGUAACGUCAAACAGCAAAGGGCAUAUAAUCGUCUCUGAUUGGCUAACUAAUAGCGUCAUAAUCCUAGACGACGCUGGUCAGUUUGUGAAAGAGGUCAAGUUUAAAAAUAAGAUGGGAAAGUCCGAAUGGCUACCCGGGAGCUUGUGCUGUGACCAUUUUGAUAACAUUUUCGUGUCGGAUUACAGUCGCAGCAGGAUUAUAGUGCUGGACCCACAGGGAGAAUUUAUGUUUGAACACUCCACGCGAAUGGACGGUCUGGACCGACCGCGGUGCAUGACGACGGACGGGAAUGGGUCCCUUCUGGUUUCCGGAAAGGGAGGCUACCUCAACAUGUACACGUGCGAGUAUAUAUGAUAUUGGUUACCAAUGCAACAUUGUAUGCGACAUUAUGUAGUUUCACUAACUUGUCAUUUGUCUGGGAAUUUUAAGGAACGUAUACCCUAACAAUGUGUAAGAGUUAAGUCUUUCAUCAGAUGUUUUAGCGAAUGUACUUGACUUGUAAUGCUAUAAUUAAUUGUAUAACUUUUAAUGAUGCUAGCAU